AGUUGAAACCGAGGCUGGCUGAGGCGGCUGUGGCGGCCCAGACAGGGGUGCAUCUACCAAGGACAGAGUGGUGACGCGCGCGCGCACGCGUGCGUGUAACCAUGGGGCGCCUCCACUUUACACGGGACCCCAUCCCCGAGUCCGUAGGGAACGAUAUGCUGCAUUUGAACCAGCUCAGCUCGGAGCAAUUUGCAGCACUGACCGAAGUGAUUUUCUACUUCUUGGUUCAACCCAAGGAGGUUGAAACAUUCCUGGCUAAAUUAUCUGAUUUUGCUGCCACCAAUCAGAUCAGCCUUGGGCCCUUAAAGAAUAUUGUGAAAAGCCUUCUCCUAGUGCCCAAUGGUGCCUUGAAGAAGAAUAUGACUGCUGAGCAGGUCAGAGCAGAUUUCAUUACUCUGGGGCUCGGUGAAGAGAAAGCCACUUAUUUUUCUGAGAAGUGGAAGCAGAAAUCUCCCAUACUUGCACGAUGGGCAAUAGGACAGACAUUGAUGAUCAACCAGCUUAUAGAUAUGGAAUGGAAAUUUGGAGUGACAUCAGGGAGCAGUGAACUGCAGAAAGUGGGGAGUAUUUUUUUACAAUUGAAGUUGGUGGUUAAAAAAGGAAACCAGACUGAAAACGUGUAUAUAGAGUUAACCCUGCCUCAGUUCUAUAACUUCCUGAGUGAGAUGGAACGUGUUCGAGCCAGCAUGGAGUGUUUCUGCUGAAGAUAAGGAAACAGGUCCAUGGAAGAAAUUGCCUUCUUACAGGAUGCUAGCAGGUUAGGUCAGACCCAGGUCUUCAAUACUGCCUUGGCUGGGCUACCUGGAGUCAUCACUUAUCUCUAGUGGUCUCAAUGUCCAUGUUGAGAGCCUAGGUCCAGCCAGAGAUUGCAUUUUUCAUUUCUGAAGGUUUCAGUGUGUCUCCUAUUGACUAAACAAAGUCUUAAAGAGGCUUUUGGACUAAGACUGUUUACACAUCAAAGGUCUAUUACAGACCACCUUGAGAAUGAGUUAA